GAAUAGACAGGCUUGUGAAUUUCAUCUGCAAGAGAUAUCAUAUAUCAGGCACUAUGGUUUUGAUUUUUCCUAUUAUAUUAGCUCUGUGUUUAGGCCUAGUUUUGUCUUUUCUUCUCGUAAACUUCUUCAGGAAACAAGAUGCUCCAAACUUACCUCCUGGGCACAUGGGAUGGCCCCUUUUGGGAGAGACUAUCGGCUUCCUCAAACCCCAUAAAUCAAACUCUAUUGGAAGCUUCUUACAACAACGUUGCUCUAGGUAUGGGAGGAUUUUUAAGUCUCAUCUAUUUGGCUCACCAACCAUAGUUUCCUGCGAUCAUGAGUUCAACCUUUUCAUUCUUCAGAAUGAGGAGAAGCUAUUUCAGGUGAGCUACCCCAAGUCCAUGCAAGGCAUUCUUGGGAAGUAUUCUUUGAUUAUCGCAACCGGAGAGAUUCACAAGAAGCUUAGAAGCUUUGCUGUCAGCUUCAUCGGCACGUCCAAGUCAACACCAGAAUUCUUUCAUCUUGCGGAAAAUAUGUCAAUCUCAAUGAUGGAUUCAUGGAAAAGCUGUAAACCAGUUUCGUUUUACAAAGAAGCUAAAGAGUUUGCACUCAAAAUUAUGGUGAAGGAGAUUUUGAGUAUUAAACCAGAUGAACCACUAGCCUCAAAGAUAUUAGAAGACUUCGAGACCUACAUGAGAGGCUUUGUGUCUUUGCCACUAAAUAUACCUGGGAGUGCAUAUGCCAACACUGUGAAGGCUAGAGCAAGACUUUCUUCCACUGUUAAACAAAUGAUUAAAGAGAGGGAACAAAGGAAUAUUGUGGGGCUUAUAGAAAGAGGAGACUUCUUAGAUGUGGUUUUGUCAAAGAAGAGCCUAACCAAUGACGAGAUAGUAAGCAUUGUAUUGGACAUCUUGUUAGGGGGUUACGAGACAACUGCAACACUGAUGUCCUUAAUUGUCUACUUUCUUGGGCAAGCACCAAAUGCUUUAGAAAAUUUGAAGGAAGAACACCAAGGGAUAAGGAAAAGAAAAAAGGAUGGAGAACCUUUGAACUGGGAAGAUUACAAGAAAAUGAAGUUCACCCGCAAUGUUAUAUGUGAAGCAAUGAGAUGUGGGAAUGUAGUAAAAUUUCUGCACAGGAAAGCUCUGCAAGAUGUUAAAUAUAAAGAUAUUCUCAUACCCUCAGGAUGGAAGGUUUUUCCCAUCUUCACAGCAGUAAAUUUUGAUUCAGCUCUCCAUAAAAACCCCUUAGAGUUUAAUCCUUGGAGAUGGUUUGAUGAAGAAACAAGCAAAAAAGUGUCACCGUUUGGUGGUGGACCAAGGCUAUGUCCAGGUGCUGAACUUGCCAAAGUAGAGAUUGCAUGCUUCCUUCAUCAUCUUGUCCUUAAUUAUAGGUGGAAAACAAAAGCAGAUGACUACCCACUUGCUCACCCUUAUGUGGAAUUCCGAAGAGGCUUGCUACUGGAGAUUGAACCAAUAGGGAAGAUUUUUGGAAGGGAAUCUUAGUUGGGUUUCAACUAUUUAUGUCCUCAAAAGCUAAAGUCAAGCCUAUUCGCAUUAGGGACCAAACAAGUUGUGACUCAUUGAAAUGUUGGGAUUGAAGCCCCCCCUAGAAUAUUUAAUAGUCCCCUAUUCAGCAAAAAUAAAUAAAUAAAUUAAUUAAAUA